AUGUUAAGUGAGUCAACCCUUCACCCACCCGAUAGUGACAAUUCAGAUCCAACCUCUUCUUUCUCAACUGUAUCAGCCAAAUUUAGGCGUAUCAAACAUCUCUAUAGGGAUACCACAACAGUCCCUCUAACUUCCUCCUAUUUAGCAACCUUAUCAAUUAAAUAUAUGUUACCCCAAUGCUACCAUCUUACUCUCUCUCACAAAGAACCCAAAAAUUUCUCCACUACCUCCAAUCAUCCCCUAUGGAGACAAGUCAUGCAAUUGGAGUUUGAGGCUCUCCAAAAAAAUCAAACUUGGACCUUAAUCCCACGACCUCCUAACACACAUAUAAUAUGGUGUAAAUGGGUCUACUAG